AUGGCGGCACGCAUGGCCAGACGACCCACGCUACUGUCCCGGCUGUCGUCGAGCUCCAUCCUCAGCUUCAGCGCUCGCACGGGUCCCACUCCGAUCGAGAAGGAAUUGAGAGAUCUGCUCGUACAGCUUGACAACUUGCUUGCUCAAUUGCUCAGCGCUUUGUCCGACUAUGAGCAAGCCAGACUACGGCUGGCCAAGCAGUUCCGUACAGGUUUCUUUGACCUAGCGCGUGCAAAGCGAUCGCUAGGCACCAGCAGGGUCAGUCCUGCCUCAUACAACAUGGCAUCUUCUGCACCGCUCCGUACUGUCCUCGUUGAGCAGCACGACCGCGUAUCCAUUUGCGUUUCGACAAGUGCGAAAGCUCUGAUGGGCGCCGUCUCUGCCCCGUCCAGUCCUGAGCAGGUCGAGAAAACUCGGCGGACUCGAACCCGAUCAGCCUCUGCUGCUUCAGCAAGCUCGAGCACCUCAAGUCUGACAGAGGACGAAGAGCCACGUGUCAUCGAGGAUCCCAUCAUGCAAUUCUCUGCUCUGCCGCCCAUGUCGCUCCGAGAGGCUCAAGCUGGCUUCGUCAGGGGCACCGAAGCAGUCUCCGAUGUCCUCAAUGCGCAGAUCGCCAUCACUCGUCUUGAGCACCAGAUUGACCAGCUGCGGCGGACCAUCGACGCCCUUAAGCGAGAUCGACCUGAGCUCGGACCUGCGUCAUAG